GGCGUGGAACGGUGUCUUGGGAGCACGUGGGUGCGCUUUGAGUUUCUUCUGGCUCGGUUAGAAUCGUGCGCCGCCGCCGCCGCCGCCAUGGACACAGCGAAGCCAAAUCUCGGGCAGGCAGUGGAUGGAGAGGCCGGGUCCGAGUGGAGCAUCCCACCCAACGCGCCCGCCUGCAUGGAACGGCACCUUGACGGAGCCCACUAUCGAGCAGAUGGUGCCUUGCUCCUGGGAGCAUCCAGCUUAAGUGGACGGUGCUGGGUUGGUUCUAUUUGGGUAUUCAAGGAUCCAUCAAAAGCUCCUAAUGAAGGCUUUUGCUCAGCAGGUGUUCAAACUGAAGCAGGCAUAGCAGAUCUGAAAUGGGUGGAUAAUAAAGGCAUCUUGGUAGCUUCUGAUUCAGGUGCUCUGGAACUUUGGGAGCUGGAUGAGAAUGAGACUCUGGUAGUGAAUAAGUUUUGUAAGUAUGAGCAUGAUGACAUUGUGACGACAGUGAGUGUCCUCACCAACAACACACAGGCUGUCAGCGGCAGCAAAGACUUCAGUGUGAAGAUCUGGGACAUCCCUCAGGAAACAGUGCUCAAUUCCUACAGAGCUCAUUCCGGUCAAGUGACAUGUGUCGCAUCCUGCCCUGGAAAGGACACCAUGUUCUUGUCCUGUGCUGAGGAUAGCAGGAUUUUACUCUGGGAUACCAGGUCUCCAAAACCAGCAACUCGCAUUACCUGCAGUGCCUCUAGUAACCUUUCUACCUCGCUGGUGUGGCAUCCACAUCAAAAUGACACUUUUGUUUUGGGUGAUGAAAGUGGAACUGUUGUCCUUGUAGACACAAAGAAACCAGACUCUGCACUCAGCACAGUUGUACACUCUCGAAGUGUUACAGGAUUUGCUUUUUCUGCACAUAGUUCACCCCUUCUAGCUUCCAUCAGUGAAGACUGCUCUGUAGUUGUUCUUGACUCCAGCUUUUCAGAAAUUUUCAGAAACCGCUCUCAUCGAGAUUUUGUGAAAGGGUUGUCAUGGUCACCGUCAGACAAAGGCUCCUUAACGACUGUUGGAUGGGACCAUCAGGUUCUACAUCAUGUAGUUCCAACACAGAAUAGCCAUCCUUCUACAAAUAAUGACAUUAGUGCAUAGUUUUUAUAUGUUCUUUUUUGAGUCCUUCUCCCUGGAAUAGCAUUUGUUUUGUUUUGUCAUGUCCUGGGGGUUGAACACAACUGUCUUUGCAGUUUAGAAGAAAGGUCCUGUAACUAUUUCAUCUUAGAUGAGGGCUAGCCUCAUACCAACUGCUUGUUACACCAGUCUGAAUCUGCCUGUAAUAGAGAUUUCAUUGCAGGGUACAGGCCUACUUGAGCAUCUGUCUGCAAAAGUCAUGUAUUUGUUGUCUUUUAAAUUUCACUGUACUUCUCAAAACAUCCAAUUAGGAAAAGAUGAGGAUUUUUAAUGAGGAAAUGAAAACUGAAUUUACCUGCCGACUUUGGAUAGGUAUUUGAGUUAAACUGAAGAAAUAGGGAAGUAAUCAGCCACAGGAACAGAGAUGAUACAAAGGAAGCCUUGAAAGACUUGGCCAUUGUCAGCGUCCAUCUUGGUCCCAUCGUUGCUGAGAGCAUCACUUUAAAGGGCUCUGCCUUAAGAAUGCAAUGCUUUGUAAUCACAGCAGCUUCUUGGCAGGGAUGGGGAUGUAUACAUCAAACAUAAAAACAUGAGCCAUAUAUAAAAUGUCCUCUGGACAGUCUUUCUAGCACUCCUUAGCCAUGACUGUAAUGCUAAGAGAUUUGAAUUUUCUUCUGCAACUGCUCUAUAGAGGAAAAAUUCAUCAUCAGAUUAUGUAAUGGUGGGAGGGGGGGUUUAUUGCCUUGACUACCCCUGUCAUGGAAUAAUAGAUGUUUGUGGCCUAGGUGAAUAGAAUAGUUGAACUUGCUCCAUGUACUCAAAAAAUUCUUGGGAUUUAUAUUUCUUGAACUACAGGUCCCCAUGCUGCUUGGAAACAAUAGCAUAGGGACCUUCUGUUCAAAGAACUAGGAUGGGGGAGAAGCAAAAACGUCUGCUUGGUUGAACCUAAACCUUUGUCUGGGUCUUUGAAUCCCAGCCCCUUGCCUUCUGUGAGGCCACGUCUAUACUGAAGGCAAAGCUGGUUCAGGAAGGACCAGGGGAAAAUGGUCCAUUUGGCUCGCUGUACAGUUACAAGGGAGGACGCUUUCUUUUCAUUUGUGUCUUCUGGCUUUUGGAUGUGUAAUAUGAAGGAAAGGGUGUUCUCAUCCCUUCUGAGGUGCUGAGCAACUGCAACUUGCUCUGGUAAUAUCUGACAGUCUGCAUAGAGUUCUUGAAUUCUGGUUACUGCUGGAGGAUUCUGCCUUCACCUGCUACUGCAGCAUGGACACUUGGGGGGCAUUCAGACUUAAGAUACUAUUUUAUUUUUUAAUGUAUCCUCAAAGAGAGCAAAGUAUUCAUCGGUGGUAAAAUAUUGUUUUGAAUCUGGUUGUUUCAUUUCGACUACAUACCAUUUCUAGAUUAUUGUGUGAAAUUUUAUUUUGGGUGGUAGAGGUGUGUUAGACUGCUCUGUAGAUCUCAGAAACCCUUACACCAGACUAUGUGGGUCAACCAGGCUUGGUGAUUUGUGACCCCUUUGUGAGGCAGAUAGCUGAUAGUCACUUCUCCUGCAGUAUGUGGUUAUCAGAUCUUAAAAACAAAAGGAGAUCCGGCAGCUUUUAUCUUUUUGUAGGCCUCCUGUGGAACUGCUCUGUGAAACCCCAACUUUUUUUUUACCCUGCAGCCUAUUUCUGGGUAAAUAGGCUAACUUGUCAAUGUCAAGCGUUUUAUUUUGUUAAUUUUAUCCAUGUCACAGUUCCAUGGUGGAGUAGAAUAUUUAGAAUGGGCAUGCUGAUGUCAGACAUCAUGAUACUGUCAUGGGAUACUUAUAGAAGAACUUACUGAGGGGUGUUUGUUUUUCUUCUGCUGUGAUGUUUUGGAGCAAAGAAGGACAAAUUAUGCUGAUUUGUUGCUGAUAAUAAGCACUAAUCUAAGACCUGUUUGUCACAUGAAAGGAACAGAGAUGACUUCAGGAAAAGGAAGGUAGUUUGUUUUUUAAUAAACCCCUUUUCAUUUUUAAA